AUGCCAUAUUCAAAACGUCAGUUACAAGCUCAACAAGCAAUUUCCAAAUGUUGGAAACCCAAUGAUUUAUCUAUAUUGGACUCAACUUCUCAGGAACCGCAUAAUGAUAAUGAUAAUUCUGAAGAUGUUAUGCAUCAAACAAACAUUGAGAACUUAGAUGUACAUGUCUCUAAUCGUUCACAACGAUACUUGGGUAACUCAGCACGAACUAUACGACGAAAAAAUGCUAUACUUCGGGAAACUGCUAAAAAUAUGGCUGAAAAUAAAACGAAUGCUGCAAAUAAAAAGGAUUUAGAAAAAGGCACAAAGGCACGAAUUGAAGCCGUUCAGCAGUAUAUACGAUACCUUAUUAAUGAUUACCAGUCAACUAAAGCAAGCGAAAUUGUACAACAAGGCUUGGGAUGGAAAUCUUGGUCAGCAAGGCUUAUUCGAUCAUGGGCAACUCAAUGGAUUCGUAAUAAGAAUAUUCCUGUAUCAAAACGUGACAAGCAUCCAAAAAUUCGAAAACUUCUUAGUGAUGAGGAUGUAACUUUACAAAUUCUAAGUUAUAUCCGUACAUUACCGAAAAAUGAAUAUCUUACAAUAAAAAAACUUCAUUAUUACAUUAAUACAACUGUGUUACCUUCUCUUGGUUGUGAUAUUGAAAAUAAA